AUGUCUUCAAUGUUAGCGGUGCAUUUUCUCAUCAUUCUGCUGUUACCAUCGAUGCUGACUGAAGAACUGGUUCUGAUACAGUCUCAGAAAGAACCCACUACAUCUUCUGAUCACUUGACUCUUUUAAUUGAGUGCCAACAUGCCUGGAAGGAGACCCCUUGGGGUCUGCUCUCUUGUCAAUUCUUCUUAAGUAAGUGGAGGAAGAAGAGCAUUGGCAAAGAUUAUGUCUUUUUCCCAUGA